CGCUGAGCAGGCUGGCGGCCAUUUUGUGAAGCGGCGAAGGAGGUGGUGGCUUCGGUGGGCUCCGGGAAGCCAUCCGGGCUGGGGCUGUCGGCCGCGGGGCGGAGGCACUCGCGCGGGGGGUAACUCGGGUCUGGGUUCUGGUGCCGAGCAGCUCUCCCCGGAUUGACUUGGCCUCUACUUCUUGUUAAGAAAAUACAUCUCUUGUUUUAUCAGGUGUGUGUGGUUUCAGCGCAGCAUGGCUGUGGUCAUCCGUUUGCAAGGUCUCCCAAUUGUGGCGGGGACCAUGGACAUUCGCCACUUCUUCUCUGGAUUGACCAUCCCCGAUGGGGGCGUGCAUAUUGUAGGGGGUGAACUGGGUGAGGCUUUCAUCGUUUUUGCCACUGAUGAAGAUGCAAGGCUUGGUAUGAUGCGCACAGGUGGUACAAUUAAAGGGUCAAAAGUAACACUAUUGUUGAGUAGUAAAACGGAAAUGCAGAAUAUGAUUGAACUGAGUCGUAGGCGGUUUGAAACUGCCAACUUAGAUAUACCACCAGCAAAUGCUAAUAGAUCAGGACCGCCACCUAGCUCAGGAAUCAGUGGCAGGGUAAACUUGCCUACAACAGUACCCAGCUUUAAUAAUCCCUCACCCAGUGUAGUUACUGCCACCACUUCUGUUCAUGAAAGCAACAAAAACAUACAGACGUUUUCCACAGCCAGCGUAGGAACUGCUCCUCCAAAUAUGGGGACUUCCUUUGGGAGCCCAACAUUUAGCUCAACUGUUCCCAGCACAGCCUCUCCAAUGAACACAGUCCCACCACCACCAAUUCCUCCAAUCCCAGCGAUGCCAUCUUUGCCACCGAUGCCGUCCAUUCCUCCAAUACCAGUUCCUCCUCCAGUACCUACAUUGCCUCCCGUGCCUCCUGUGCCCCCGAUUCCCCCAGUCCCUUCCGUACCACCCAUGACCCCGCUGCCACCCAUGUCUGGCAUGCCACCCUUGAACCCGCCACCAGUAGCACCUCUACCUGCUGGAAUGAAUGGCUCUGGAGCACCUAUGAAUCUGAACAAUAACCUGAACCCUAUGUUUCUGGGUCCAUUGAAUCCUGUUAAUCCUAUCCAGAUGAACUCUCAAAGCAGUGUGAAGCCACUUCCCAUCAACCCUGAUGAUCUGUAUGUCAGUGUGCAUGGAAUGCCCUUUUCUGCGAUGGAAAAUGAUGUUAGAGAUUUUUUCCAUGGGCUCCGUGUUGAUGCAGUUCAUUUGUUGAAAGAUCACGUAGGUCGAAACAAUGGGAAUGGAUUGGUUAAGUUUCUCUCCCCUCAAGAUACAUUCGAAGCUUUGAAACGAAACAGAAUGCUGAUGAUUCAACGCUAUGUGGAAGUUAGCCCUGCCACAGAGAGACAGUGGGUAGCUGCUGGAGGCCAUAUCACUUUUAAGCAAAGUAUGGGACCUUCUGGACAAACUCAUCCCCCUCCUCAGACACUUCCCAGGUCAAAAUCGCCCAGUGGGCAGAAAAGGUCAAGGUCAAGAUCACCGCACGAGGCUGGUUUUUGUGUUUAUUUGAAAGGGCUGCCAUUUGAAGCGGAGAACAAACAUGUCAUUGAUUUUUUUAAAAAGUUGGAUAUAGUAGAAGAUAGUAUUUAUAUAGCUUACGGACCCAACGGGAAAGCAACUGGUGAAGGCUUUGUAGAGUUCAGAAAUGAGGCUGACUAUAAGGCUGCUUUGUGUCGUCAUAAACAAUACAUGGGCAAUCGCUUUAUUCAAGUUCAUCCAAUUACUAAGAAAGGUAUGCUAGAAAAGAUAGAUAUGAUUCGAAAAAGACUGCAGAACUUCAGCUAUGACCAGAGGGAAAUACUGUUAAAUCCGGAGGGAGAUGUCAACUCUGCCAAAGUUUGUGCUCACAUAACAAAUAUUCCAUUCAGCAUUACCAAGAUGGAUGUUCUUCAGUUCCUAGAAGGAAUUCCAGUGGAUGAGAAUGCUGUACAUGUUCUUGUUGAUAACAAUGGGCAAGGUCUAGGACAGGCAUUGGUUCAAUUUAAAAAUGAAGAUGAUGCACGUAAGUCUGAACACUUACACCGUAAAAAACUUAAUGGGAGAGAAGCUUUUGUUCAUGUAGUUUCCCUAGAAGAUAUGAGAGAAAUUGAGAAAAAUCCCCCAGCCCAAGGAAAAAAGGGGUUAAAGGUGCCUGUGCCAGGUAAUCCUACAGUACCAGGAUUGCCCAGUGCAGGAAUACCCAGUACAGGAAUGCCCAGUGCGGGAAUGCCCAGUUCGGGAAUACCUGGUGCGGGAAUGCCUGGCGCGGGAAUGCCCAGUACGGCACUACCCGGCGCAGGAAUGCCUGGUGCGGUAAUGCCUGGUUCAGGAGUGCCCAGUGGAGGAUUGCCCAGUGCAGGAAUGCCUAGUACAGGAGGUGAAGAGCAUCCCUUCUUGACUGUAGGAUCAAAGGAGGCCAACAAUGGGCCUCCGUUUAACUUUCCUGGUAAUUUUGGUGGGUCGAAUACCUUUGGGCCACCACUCCCUCCUCCAGGAUUAGGAGGGGCCUUUGGUGAUGGUAGGCCUGGUAUGCCUUCAGUUGGAAGCAGUGGUUUGCCUGGUCUAGGAUUGGAUGUUCCCGGUUUUGGAGGUGGACCAAAUAAUUUAAGUGGGCCUUCAGGAUUUGGAGGGGGUCCUCAGAAUUUUGGAAAUGGCCCUGGUAGUUUAGGUGGCCCUCCUGGCUUUGGAAGUGGCCCUCCUGGUCUUGGAAGUGCCCCUGGGCAUUUGAGUGGGCCACCAGCCUUUGGGCCCGGGCCCGGGCCUGGGCCUGGCCCAAUCCAUAUUGGUGGUCCCCCUGGGUUUGGAUCUAGUUCUGGAAAACCAGGACCUACAGUAAUUAAAGUGCAGAACAUGCCCUUCACUGUGUCUAUUGAUGAGAUUUUAGAUUUCUUUUACGGCUAUCAGGUAAUCCCAGGCUCAGUGUGUUUAAAAUACAAUGAAAAAGGUAUGCCCACGGGUGAGGCCAUGGUGGCUUUCGAAUCUCGAGAUGAAGCCACAGCUGCUGUCAUUGACCUAAAUGACAGACCUAUAGGCUCAAGAAAAGUAAAACUUAUAUUAGGAUAGCCAUUCACAUCAACUCUUUAUAGGGUAGAUCUUCAUAUUGCUGUGAUUAAUGCAUCCAGAUUGUUUUCCUAGCAUUUCCAGGUUAGAACCUGUGGAUUAUUUCAAUUGCAUAUAGAUUGGUUUCUAUAACAUAGAGCAUUGUUGACUGUUUACAGAAGACUCAUGAUCGGGAUAAACAUUGCUGUAUGUUACUGUAAAGCUCUCUGGAGAGAACAAAAAAUGAUUCUGACAUACCAUUAGAGAAACCAUUUGUAAAACUCAAGCCACCACAUAAGCUUAUCAAGGAGUCUAGAUUGGCUUUGUGUUAUACCAUAUGGGAUGAAGAAAAUAGAAAUGUCAGUAGAGCUGUUUGAGGGUGCUCUUGCCAGCUGCGGAAAAAUAUUAAGUUGGCUACUCCUGGAAUUUGGUUUAAAGCUGGACAGAUUUGCCUUGUAGGGUCAAAGCUUUGUCUAAAGUCCUCAUUUUCUUUUAAAACUGAAUAAAAUCUCUGUAUACAGAUUCAUUGUAUGUACUUUUAUUGCUUCUUGAGGGUUCUUGCUGUAUAGACAGUCCUGCUUUAGAAGUUGCUGCUUUGUUUGCCUAUUUGACUAAUUUGUAAAUGAGCAGAACUGUUUUGUUGGGUCUUUUUUCCUAAAUACAAAACUCCACACUUGGUUUGUGCUAUAACCUUGAAUUUUGAUUUCUAAUGUCACACUUAAAACUCUGUGGAAUAAGACUUUUGCCAUAAAAAUAAACUAUGAAGUCCUCUACCUACCAGAGCCUUUUUGGUUUGACCGCCGAGUUUUAGUAUAGUCAGUUUAAAAAUUGUUCAUGUUGUUUGGAUGGCAUAUAAAAAAAAGAAAAAACAGAAACCACUUGUAAUGAUCAGUGUUUAAGAUGCUUAAUCUGAAGUCCUGUCCAUGAUGAGCCUAAUUAUUCUAGCAGCUUCCUUCUGACACAAUUUAUGUAGCCUUUAACUAAACGAGGGGUUCACUCAUGAGAGAAUUUUGUAUCUAGGUUUUCACAGAACUGAAGUUGAAAUUGUUAGCUUUGUUAGCAAUAGUAGUAUAGAAUAAAAGAUCCAUAAACUGGUCCAUAGAUUGAUAGUGUGUAUAGUCCUGUUACUUGGAGACGGUUUGGUGGUAUAUUUCAAUGAGUAGUCUGUUAAAACAUUCAUGCAGAUGCAGCUGCCAAAGGAGCGAGAACUGCGGCUCCUUGUCCUUGCAAAUCCUUUUUUCUUUAGCAUUCAGGACACUGAGGCAGGAGGACCACAUGGGUUCUGGUUGGUAAAUGUCCUUGUCAUGAAAAUAUUUGCCUUACAAAGUCCUGUUCACUGCCUCAAAAAGGCUCUACUUAGGUUUACUUUUCUUAGUUAAAAUGCUCUAAAGAUGUGUCAUGAUACUAUAAGCAUACAGAAUGGGAGAUUGGUGAGAUAUGAUGAAAAGCAAAUUUUGUCUUCUACAUGAUCCUCUUGCCUUGGUUUGAAACAU